CACUGUUGGGAUUUUAUGGAACCUUCAUCAUUAUGCCAGUACAUACAGGCUUCUAAAGCCAGGGACGGUGCCAGCCCUUUCAUUUCCAGUACAACUGAAGGUGAAAAUUUUGAGCAGACACCAUUAAGACGAACAUUUAAAUCUAAGGUCCUGGCACGAUAUCCUGAGAAUGUAGAAUGGAAUCCCUUUGACCAAGAUGCAGUGGGAAUGCUAUGCAUGCCCAAAGGGCUAGCAUUCAAGACCCAGGCUGAUCCCAGAGAGCCACAGUUCCAUGCCUUUAUUAUCACAAGGGAGGAUGGCUCUCGGACAUUUGGGUUUGCCCUCACAUUUUAUGAGGAGGUGACUAGCAAGCAGAUCUGCAGUGCAAUGCAGACGCUCUACCACAUGCAUAAUGCUGAGUAUGAUGUCAUACAUGCUCAUCCUGCUGAUGGCCGAGACCACAGUGACAUGGAGGAUGGUGAAGGCACUCCUGGGACCAAGCUGCAGCGCUUCAACUCCUAUGACAUUAGCCGGGACACGUUGUAUGUCUCUAAGUGCAUCUGCCUCAUCACGCCCAUGUCCUUCAUGAAAGCAUGUCGGAGUGUUCUGGAACAACUUCACCAGGCAGUCACUUCACCUCAGCCCCCUCCACUGCCCCUUGAGAGCUACAUAUACAACGUACUCUACGAGGUGCCACUCCCACCUCCCGGCCGGUCCUUGAAGUUUUCUGGGGUCUAUGGGCCAAUAAUCUGCCAGAGACCAAGUACCAAUGAGCUUCCCCUAUUCGACUUUCCUGUCAAAGAGGUCUUUGAACUGCUUGGGGUGGAGAAUGUGUUUCAGCUUUUUACUUGUGCUCUUCUGGAGUUUCAGAUUCUGCUCUACUCACAGCAUUACCAGAGACUGAUGACUGUGGCGGAGACAAUUACAGCUCUCAUGUUUCCUUUCCAGUGGCAGCAUGUCUAUGUCCCUAUUCUCCCGGCUUCUCUCCUACAUUUCUUAGAUGCUCCUGUUCCAUACCUGAUGGGCUUGCAUUCCAAUGGCCUGGAUGACCGGUCAAAGCUGGAGCUGCCUCAAGAGGCUAACCUCUGCUUUGUGGAUAUUGACAACCACUUCAUUGAGCUGCCGGAGGACUUGCCUCAGUUUCCCAACAAAUUGGAGUUUGUCCAGGAAGUCUCUGAGAUUCUCAUGGCAUUUGGCAUUCCCCCUGAAGGGAACCUUCAUUGCAGUGAGAGUGCCUCCAAGCUGAAGAGGCUCCGGGCCUCUGAGCUUGUCUCUGACAAGAGGAAUGGGAACAUUGCAGGCUCCCCUUUGCAUUCCUAUGAGCUCCUCAAGGAGAAUGAAACUAUCGCCCGGCUGCAAGCCUUGGUCAAGAGGACUGGGGUGAGCCUGGAAAAGUUGGAAGUGCGUGAAGACCCCAGCAGCAAUAAGGAUCUGAAGGUUCAGUGUGAUGAAGAAGAACUCAGGAUUUACCAGCUAAACAUUCAGAUCCGGGAAGUUUUUGCAAAUCGUUUCACUCAGAUGUUUGCAGAUUAUGAGGUGUUUGUCAUUCAGCCCAGCCAGGAUAAGGAGUCCUGGUUUAAUAACAGGGAACAGAUGCAAAACUUUGAUAAAGCAUCUUUUCUAUCAGAUCAGCCUGAGCCCUACUUGCCCUUUCUCUCAAGAUUCCUGGAGACCCAGAUGUUUGCUUCUUUCAUUGACAAUAAAAUUAUGUUUCAUGAUGAUGAUGAUAAAGACCCUGUGCUCCGGGUGUUUGAUUCCCGAGUAGAUAAGAUCAGACUGUUGAAUGUUCGGACGCCUACUCUCCGCACAUCCAUGUACCAGAAGUGUACCACUGUGGAUGAAGCAGAGAAAGCAAUUGAGCUGCGUCUGGCAAAAAUAGACCAUACUGCGGUUCACCCCCAUUUACUUGACAUGAAGAUUGGACAAGGGAAGUAUGAACCAGGUUUCUUCCCAAAGUUGCAGUCUGAUGUGCUUUCCAUUGGGCCUGCCAGCAACAAAUGGACAAAAAGGAAUGCCCCUGCCCAGUGGAGGCGGAAAGAUCGGCAGAAGCAGCACACAGAACACCUGCGUUUAGACAAUGACCAGAGAGAGAAGUACAUCCAAGAAGCCAGGAAUAUGGGCAGCACCAUCCGCCAGCCCAAACUGUCCAACCUCUCCCCGUCAGUGAUUGCCCAAACCAACUGGAAGUUUGUAGAGGGCCUGCUGAAGGAAUGCCGCAACAAGACCAAGAGAAUGCUGGUGGAGAAGAUGGGCCGAGAGGCUGUGGAGCUAGGCCACGGAGAGGUCAACAUCACAGGGGUGGAAGAGAACACCUUGAUUGCCAGCCUUUGUGACCUCUUGGAAAGGAUCUGGAGCCAUGGACUCCAAGUAAAACAGGGGAAAUCAGCCUUGUGGUCCCAUCUGUUACAUUAUCAGGAAAACCGACAGAGAAAGUUCACAUCCGGAAGCCUCAGUACCUCAGGAAUACUUGUUGAUUCAGAACGGAGGAAGUCCGAUGCCAGCUCAGUCAUGUCUCCCUUGAGAAUCUCCCUCAUUCAGGAUAUGAGGCAUAUCCAGAACAUCGGGGAAAUCAAGACUGACGUGGGAAAGGCCAGAGCAUGGGUGCGACUCUCCAUGGAAAAAAAGUUACUUUCCAGACACCUGAAGCAGCUUCUCUCAGACCAUGAGCUCACCAAAAAGUUGUACAAGCGCUAUGCCUUCCUGCGCUGUGAUGACGAGAAGGAGCAGUUCCUCUAUCACCUCCUCUCUUUCAAUGCCGUCGAUUACUUUUGCUUCACCAAUGUCUUCACAACUAUCCUGAUCCCCUACCACAUCCUGAUUGUACCGAGCAAGAAGCUGGGGGGCUCCAUGUUCACUGCCAACCCAUGGAUUUGCAUCUCGGGAGAAUUGGGUGAGACACAGAUUCUGCAGAUUCCCAGGAACGUGUUGGAGAUGACCUUCGAGUGCCAGAACCUGGGGAAGCUCACUACUGUGCAGAUAGGCCAUGAUAACUCUGGGCUGUAUGCCAAAUGGCUGGUGGAGUAUGUGAUGGUUAGGAAUGAGAUCACAGGACAUACCUACAAGUUCCCCUGCGGCCGGUGGCUGGGGAAGGGCAUGGACGACGGAAGCCUGGAGCGGGUCCUAGUGGGAGAGCUGCUCACAUCCCAGCCCGAGGUGGACGAGAGGCCGUGUCGGACCCCGCCCCUGCAGCAGUCCCCCAGCGUCAUCCGCAGGCUUGUUACCAUCUCACCCAACAACAAGCCUAAGCUGAACACUGGGCAGAUCCAGGAGUCCAUUGGGGAGGCAGUCAAUGGCAUCGUGAAGCACUUCCAUAAGCCUGAGAAAGAGAGAGGCAGUCUGACGCUGUUGCUUUGUGGAGAGUGUGGCCUUGUCUCGGCUCUGGAACAGGCUUUCCAGCAUGGAUUUAAAUCGCCCCGUCUCUUCAAAAAUGUCUUCAUUUGGGAUUUCCUGGUUACUAACAUCAUCAACAUUGAGAUGCCCACGGCUGGUGGCCUGCAGGACAGUCAGAGACAGGUCGGCUUUAAGAGGCUUUGUCAUCGGCAAGCUUUCUCCUCUUCACAGAAAAAGCACAAACCUAUUAUGAGACUUUGGAGCAGAAUGAAGUUGUUCCUGAGGAAAAUUGGCAUACAAGGGCCCGGAAUUUCUGCCGAUUUGUCACUGCAAUCAACAAUACUCCCCGGAACAUUGGCAAGGAUGGCAAAUUCCAGAUGCUGGUGUGCUUGGGAGCCAGGUACUGCAGCCUCAAGCCCAGAGUACAUAGCAGCCAGCCUUGGAAGUGGUGCUGGAGUCCUAGUGUGGUGCAGGGGUGGGGAGUGGCUGGUGACCAGGCAUUCUUGGGCAGAGAUCACCUCCUACACCACUGGAUUGCCCUGUUGGCUGACUGCCCCAUCACCGCACACAUGUAUGAGGAUGUGGCGCUGAUCAAAGACCACACUCUUGUCAAUUCCUUGAUCCGCGUGCUGCAGACAUUGCAGGAGUUCAAUAUCACGCUAGAGACGUCCCUGGUCAAGGGCAUCGACAUCUGACCUCUCAGCACCAGCUAGCAACAGGACUGAGAAAGACUCACCCUGCAGCUCUGACCCGUCUUCCCCAAGGACUUAAGCGAGUUGUGCAGGAGACGGAGAUGUACACUCACUGUAAAAAGAAAACUAGAGGAUUUUUGGAAUAAAUAAUCUAUUUUAGAGUUUAUUUGCUGAUUUGCUUUUUACACACUUUCAUGUGAAAGAGUGAUAGGGAGAGGGAGACGAGGUUGGUGCCGCUUAUUUUGAAGCUGGUGCCCUCCCUCGCUGUGGCCGCGUGCUGGGAGCCUGCGGCCUCCCUGGACUGAGGUUGGCACCGCGUGCAGGGCAGUUCCGCUUCCUUGCCCUGAUGCGUCAGUGAGGCCAUUCCACAUCGUUUUUAACUAAUGUUUUCUAUAUUAACAUUAUUAUGGAUAUUUGGCUUUCCUGGGCCACACACAGGUGUGCUGAGUGGAAGCCCGAAGCUCCAAUCAAAGGGAUUUUUAGUAGUGCCUCUUCAAGCACUGACAAGUCAGUCCACAUCUUUUCUUUUCUUUUUUUUGUCAGUAUUAUUUGGGAAGAAGACAUGCUAAGAUGUUUCAUUAUGCAGAAAAAUCACGUUUCCUCUUGGCACGCAGUUGCGCAGAAGUAAACAAGCAUGUUUUAACAGGUUUUCCUUUCCCCCCAUAUUAUUUAUUUAACCCUCCAUUGUGUGUUUUAAGUCUUUCUUUUUUUUCUUUUUUUAAGGAAAGAAAAAGCUUGUCACAGUCUAACUGGCUAUAUUAUUGUUAAAUUUAUGUUGUUUUGCAACUUAGAAACCAGCUACAGUAUGGCCCACUUAAUAAAACACCUGAAACAAAA